AUGCGUCCGGACGUGUCGAUACCGCAGCAGGAAGAUGGAAACAGGAUCGUCAUUUCUGGCAUGUCGGGUCUAUACCCACAGUCACACAAUGUCAAGGAGUUUUCAGAUAUAUUGUAUAAUAAGAUAAAUCCGGUGACGAACGAAGACCUUCGUUUUAACUACUAUCAUCCCGAAGUUGUGCAACAUACAGGAAGCGUUCCUGAUCUCCCUUACUUUGAUGCUCAGUUCUUCAAAGUGCACUAUCGUCUAUCAAAUACUAUGGACCCCAUGGCGAAAAAAGUUUUAGAGCAGACGUAUACUGCCAUUCACGACGCUGGAGUUAAUCCGGAUCAGCUAUCGGGAAAGAAAGUUGGCUCUGGGUGCAGUAGAGCAAUGUUUGCGAAUCGUAUCUCGUAUUGGCUAAACGCAAAAGGUCCAUCAAUGUCUAUUGAUGAGGCGUGCUGUAGUUCUACCGCCGCAUUGGAGCAAGCGUAUCUGGCUCUAAGUCGUGGAGAAUGCGAAGCUGCCAUAAUUACUGGUACUUUCUUAUGUUUGCAUCCACAGUCAUCAGUGCACUAUGGAAGAAUUAUUAAAAUGUGCAAUGACGGUAAGACAAAGUCUUUCGAUGAGAACGCAAAUGGUUGCGCAAAGUCUGAAGCUAUAAAUGCUUUGUUUUUGCAAAAGGCGAAGGACGCCUUGAGAAUAUACGCUGAAGUCUUGUAUGUUAAAUCUGAAUUUACCGAUACGAUGAAAACAGAAACUGGUCCCAAAUAUGGAUUCUAUAGAAACCUCAGUAGCACAACUAAUUUUAUUAAGAAGUUCUACGACGAAGCUGGAGUUCCACCUGAAGCUAUUGAAUACGUUGAAGCUUUCGGUUCUGCCCAACCUGAGGCCGACAAGGUUGAAUUAGAAGCUAUUGAAGAAGUAUUUUGUAAGAAUAGAAACGACCCUCUCUUUAUCGGUAGCGUCAUGUCUAAUAUUGGGUAUGGAGAAGCUGCUUACGGAAUAUCUGCCAUUACAAAGGUGCUAUUGGGCUAUCAUAAUGGGGCACUAGCAGCCAAUUUGCAUUUUGAAAAACCUCGUCAAGAUAUUGCAGCGUUGCGCGAAGGACGCAUGCGCGUUAUAACUGAACAUCACAAGUUUGGCCGUACUUAUGUUGGUGUAAAUGGCAUGUCCGUUACGGGAGUAAAUUCUCAUGUUUUACUACAUGGAUGUUAUAAGCCCAAGGAUUUAAGUCGCUACAAAACUAACAUUCCAUACUUGGUAACUGUAUCUGGUAGACACGAUGAAGCUGUAAAAUAUAUUCUAGAAGAUUUAAAAUCCAACCCUAUAGAUCCUGAGCAAUUGGCAUUGUUAAACAAUAUUCAUCGAACAAGCGUCACCGGACAUUUGGGGAGAGGAUUCACUAUUUUGCAGACGAACAAAGAUCAGAAAACUAUUAGUCUACAUGAAAACGUGGAUUAUUUUAACAAUGCAAGACGACCAUUAUGGUUCGUUUACAGUGGAAUGGGAUCGCAGUGGGUCAGUAUGGGUGAGCAACUUAUGUGCAUACCCAUUUUUGCAGCUGCCAUAGAAAGAUGCCGAAAAGUUUUAGAAACCAAAGGCCUUGAUGUUGUCCAUAUUAUUACCUCCCACGACGAGAAUAUUUUUAACAAUAUUCUCCACUCGUUUGUGGGAAUUGCUGCGAUUCAAAUCGGACUUACUGACAUUCUUCAUGAACUUGGCCUAAAGCCAGAUGGAAUUAUUGGCCACAGCGUGGGUGAAUUGGGAUGCGCAUAUGCUGACGGUUGUUUAACGACGGAAGAAAUGAUUUUGAGUGCAUACUACCGUGGGUUGGUCUCGGUGGAAACUAAGUUCAUACGCGGUUCCAUGGCUGCAGUUGGUAUGGGUUACGAACAAAUAUCACAAAUUUGUCCUCCGGAAAUUGCAGUAGCUUGUCAUAAUGGACCUGAGUCCAGCACAAUUUCUGGACCUGCCGAUAUUAUGCGCGGAUUUGUGGCAGACUUGACAAGCAAGGGGAUCUUUGCUAAAGAAGUGCCGUGCUCCAACAUCGCUUACCACUCACGUUAUAUAGCUGACGCUGGUCCCGGGCUUCUGAAAUAUUUACAAGACGUAAUUAGAACUCCAAAACAAAGAACCGAGCGCUGGCUUUCAAGUUCUGUACCACAAGAAAAAUGGAAUGAGUCUUCGGCAAAAUACUGUUCCGCAGAGUAUCUUACGAACAAUUUACUGAAUUCAGUGCUCUUCGAGGAGGCUUCACGACUAGUGCCUAAAAACGCUGUGUUAGUGGAAAUCGCACCACACGGACUUCUUCAAGCGAUUCUCAGACGUUCAAUGCCAGCUGACUGCAAAAAUAUACCACUGACAAAGCGAAAACAUCCAAAUAAUACAGUUCUAUUGCUUGAAGCUAUUGGCAAAUUGUACAUGGAAGGCUACGAUUGUGACGUUCAGGUUUUGUAUCCAAAAGUCGAAAUGCCAGUUUCCACUGGAACGCCUUUCCUUUCACACUUGGUCAAAUGGGCUCACGAUGAAGAAUGGCCCCUGGUACUUUAUUCUUCAGCAGACAGAAUAGUCGCUUCCAAUUGCAAUUAUGUUCUAGCCUUGCAUGAUCAAGAACAUAAGUAUCUUGCAGGAAAUUUUAUAAGAGGGAACACACUGUACCCAUUUUCUGCUAGUUUAACGCUAGUGUGGGAUGUACUUACCAUGAUAAUGAAUGUCCCGAGGAAGCAGUUAUCAGUCGAGUUUAGUUAUGUACAAUUGUACUCACAACCCGUGCUCCACGAACGACGACAGCUAUAUCUUAACGUCACAAUACAAAGAGGAACAGGAAAGUUCGAGAUUUUGGAUGGUCGCUCUAAAGUUGUAACAGGAUUUAUAAAACCCCUAAACGAAAGCAAAACGGAAUGUGUGGAGAACGAUCUCAAGAAAAAUAUGUGCUUCAGUGCUGCAGAUAUUUAUCAAUUGUUACGUGACAGAGACUAUUUUUAUAGUGGCGAGUUCCAAAGCAUUGCUUGCGUUGAUGAAUCUUUGAGCAAUGGCAUGCUUUCGUGGCGUAACAACUGGGUAACGUUCAUAGACAGCAUUCUACAGCUAAACGUGCUACGACAAUCUCACCAUAGCGUUUCCCAACCCAACAGUAUCCGGAGCAUAACUAUUGACGUCGAUCUUCACAGUAAAUCUGUUCUAAAAUCGAAAGUUUGUGAAGAUAAUGUUCUGAUGUGGGCUCAAAUCUCCGAUGAAUUUGAAAACACCAGGUGUGGUGGAGUUAUCAUGGAAUCUAUUAGAUUUCAACAUCUUUCACCGGACAACACCACUAAAUUAUCAUUGAAAUCAUCGAACUUCGUAUACAAUUUUCAAUCCAUGCUUGAUAUUUCUUCAUCACUUCAAGUUUUCUUACAAAUAGUAGCUGAAAAUGUGAACAAGGAAGUAAUAACCGCAGUUGGAAUACGGAAUCAAGCUAAUAAAGGGUCUAUCUUCAAAGAAAUAAAUGAUGUCAUUAAAAACCUGUACAAAAUUAAGGUUAACUACAAACAAAUAACUCUUGAAAUGGCAAUGGAUAGUUACGAAUUCGGAAAUGAAGAUUUGAUACUUGUUCAGAAUUUAUCAACUGAUGAAAACGUUCGCGAGAGGUUAAAAUCCGUUUUGCAGCAAGACAAUUUUGUCGUGAACGAAGAAAAUAGUCCUAGUUCCAAACAACUGUCGUCAGUGUGUCGUGUGGUGUCCAUUCAUCAAAAGAAGGAAGAUCAGUUAGAACUACAAUUACUUCGUUGGGGGCCAGUAAGCUCCCGGAAAAUGACUACAACUGUAUCAGUUCGCAAUGAGACUGACUUAGAUUUCCUGGCCUCAGUUCGUAAUAAUUUAACUAUAGACCACCAUCUUUUGGUGAUUUCAACCUACCCUUCACCAACAGGCCUCAAAGAACUCAUCUCAUCGUGGCGAAAAGAACCAGUACGUAAUAAUGUUAAGAUGGUGACCAUCGACAGUACAAGUACUGAUGGUCUUGAAGAACAACUUCGCAAUAUUGAGUUGGCGUAUAAUCAUGUGGCCAAUGGUAAAUUAGGAGGCGAAUACUAUUUACCGGUGAAGCAAAGUCCGAAGAGAAGUCAGAACGCUACGUUGCAAGCUGUACAAUUUGGUGAUUACAAUUCAUUAAAAUGGGUCAAAGCAUCUGAAUUGACUGGGCCAGGAGUAACUGUAAAUGUCCAUUAUACUGGCAUUACUCUCAAUGAUACGAAACAAGCUAACGGUUCUCUGCUCUUCAAGCAACAUGUUCCUAAUUACUAUGGGAUGGACUUUAGUGGAAUCACGGAAAGUUUUGAGCCUGUAAUGGGAAUAGUACAGAGUGGUGCAGCAAGUACUCAGGUACGAGCACAGCCUGAUUUGCUCUGGCCUGUACCUGCUCACUGGAAUCUCGAAGAUGCCGCAACAGUGCCGCUAGCCUAUGUACAGGCAUUCUACAUUCUUGGAAUAAAGGCCGGAAUUCCUCGAGGCAGGACAAUAUUUGUACAUGGAGGAGCAGGUGCUCUAGGGCAAGCAAUAAUAUCAAUUGCUUUGGCUUUAGAUUGUCAAGUGUUUACAACAGUCAGUGAUAUACGUAAGAAGCAAUUCUUGCAGAAAAUAUUCCCGGCUUUAGAAGCUGACAACAUUGGAUGUUCACGUAAUUGCUCGUUUAAAGAAAUGGUUCAAGUAGCCACUAAGGAAAAAGGAUGCGAUAUUGUCAUCAGUUGCGUUACAGGAAACCUGAAAGACGAAUCCUUCAAUUGCACUGCAUUCGGUGGCUUGUUUUACGAUAUUUCACAACUGCAAAAUAGGGACGAAUAUAAUUUUGGAAUGUUUCACUUAAAUAAUGAAAGGAACUACUUCUCUUUGGACUUCUCUACAAUAUUUGAACCUAAAAAUAAGGAAACCCUGAAAGCUAUACACGUAAUGGUAAGCGAGGGCAUCGCACUUGGCUACGUUCGUCCUUUGUCGCGCGUAACGUAUGCACCGAAUGAUGUAGCGCGCGCUUUUCGAGUUUUGAAUGCCAGCUCUCACAGGGGUCGUGUACUGCUUCGUAUGAAAGGACAUAUUAUUGAAACACAACAAAGGUUGUCUUGCAGCGCAUAUCGUUCCAACUUGAUACUAUGUAGCGGAUCGCCGUUUGGACUACAACUUGCCGAAAGACUUGUGGCUAGAGGGGCUAAACAACUGUAUCUUCAUGUUAAUAAACUGAAUGAAUCAGCUUAUGUACAACACAAAAUACGGUCUUGGAGAAAACUUGGUGUUAAUGUCGUUAUAUCUUCGGCGCCCUUGAAUAGCCAGCAAGCUGUAGCUUCUUUGCUAACCAGUGUAUUACGUCAAGGCCCUCUAGAAGGUGUCUAUAUAGAUGCAGGAGAAAACAGGACCGAUGUUGAUCAUGACUUGAUUAGCAAUUUGGACUCGGAAAUAAGAAUCUCAUGUCCCGAUAUAUGUUACUUUACCGUAAUCUGUUUUGAUGAUAAUUCUAAUGGCCAAAAUGUAUGUCUGAGUCGAGCACGGCAAUCGUUACCGGCGACAAUGGUUACACUGCCCGAAAUGGAUAACGAAUCGUACGGCAGUUACGUAAAUUGGCGCUGUGCGGUAGACGCAGUGGAAAAUGCUUUGCAAAGCACUCACGGUGUGGUCUUAGCACAUGGAUGCAAACAAAAACCUUCCCUUCUAAAGCAAAUUGCCACGUUAACUGAUAUAAGUAUACCAGAGAACGCUGCAAAGAGUCUAACUUUAGAAGAAUUAGGUGUUCCAAAUCAUAAAUUGCAGUCACUUUGCACUUUCUUGCGAGUUCAGUAUAACCUAACAUUUGAUCAAGAAGAAGUUCUAUCGUUAACCAUACAAUCAAUAUUGGAAGCAGAAAAGAAAAUAAUAGACUUUACUUAUGAAGAUAUAAAAGGCUUAAACACUUUCUUCAACUACGUUGGUCCUGAUGAACUUCUUGCAACUAAUGAAUUCGUCUUUUUGCCAACACUCGUGAAUAUAGCGUCAAUGAGAGACGACGAAUUUCAACAAGACCAAAUUAAUAUCUGUAUAGUGCCGGGGAUUGAGGGUCAUCACGAGCGGUUCCGCCUUUUCUGCGAACGCCUGAAACUGUCGGCUAUCGUUUUGCAACCCGGUCUUGACUAUCCACAUGAAACCGUCCGGGAAACAGCUCAAAGGUUUACUGAGGUGUUGCUGAAAAAACUUGGAGUAAACAAUAGAUUUUAUCUUUUGGGCUAUGAAAGCGGCAUUUUUGUUGCUCUGGAAGUUGCAGCUAUCCUUGAAGACCUUGGUUUGACUGGCAAAGUUUUUUGUGUUGGAUGUACGCCAGAGGAUCUUAAACACGAGUUUAAGGAACAACUAUCAGAAUUUAAGGAUGAGAAGCAACUACAAGACGCGGUGUUGCGGCACAUGUAUACGUUGUUGACAGGAGACGAUGCUAGUGAACUCGACGUAGCACUGGCAAACAUCACCAAGUGGUCACUGAAAGUUGAAACUUGUGUGCGUACUCUUCUCGGUAGAGUUUCGCAUUCAGCGCAGUAUGCACGUGCGCUCAUAGAGUGUGCACUGGCACGAAUUACUCAAAUGAGGGACUUUAACUUUGUACCCCGGCCGCUGCAGUCUCAAAUUAUACUAAUACGCUGUGCAACAGGGCAUGCAACACAACAUGAUACAGUUUUGCAACAUGUCUCAAAACAACCACUGGUUGUACAUAACCUAGAUACGCCGCUUGCACAUGUUAUAACGGAUUUACGUUGUGCCGCGAUUGUGAAUGAACAUUUGGAUCCUGCAAUACUCGCAGCCUUUGCGAACAGAAAUAUCUGCGAUACCUAUCUAAUGAAUGCUUGUGCAUUCAUGACGAUUAAUUAUAAAAAAAAAAAUUAA